AUGCUUUUCACUGCAGUGCCUUACAAGGCUGUUUUCAUAAGAGCAAGCUGUGUAGACAGGCAGUACACUUGUUUGCCCACUGAUGAUGAGUGGAAAUUUGCUGAGGAUGUUGUGGAGAGGCUUAGAUUGUUCAAUGACAUUACUGCACUAUUUUCUAGAAUUGAUUAUGUCACUGCUAAUGUCUACUUCACUAGAAUUGCUAAGAUUAGAAAUCAGAUUAGGCUGUGGUCAUCAUGUGGUAAUCCGCUGGUAGAAGCAAUGUCAGCUAAUAUGGUAGCUAAAUUUGACAAGUAUUGGACUGACAUUCAAGGGCUCAUGGGCAUUGCAACUAUUCUUGACCCUCGAUUCAAAACCGCAGUCCUACUAAUCUGUUAUGAGGACUUACUUGAUGUGUCCGGUAGAGAAUGUGAAGAUAGAGUUGCUGAUGUGAAGAACUUGCUAACUGAUUUGAUGAAUGAGAACCAUGUAGCUGAGAAUAUUGAGAACAAUGAGUCACUGGCACCAUCAAUUGGAAACAGUGAUAACUUCUUAUCUGACAUUAGUGCUCGUAUUGCAAGUAGAAGGCCAACAAGCAUGGGGUUCAAAUCUGAGCUAGACUGGUACUUGGAUGAAGAAAUGGUGAACAUGCAAACAAAAAACUUCAAUGUUUUAGAUUGGUGGAAGGUAGCUGGAACUCAAUUUCCUACUUUAAGAAGGAUUGCAAGAGACAUAUAUGCUAUCCCUGUUACCACUGUUGCUUCAGAAGCUGCUUUCAGCACUAGUGGUAGAGUUCUUAUUGAUGACAAAACUAAACAGCCUGCCACCUUUUGGUCUUGUCUCCAAGACAUACAAGAGGGCCUCCAGGAACUUGCACUUUGA